AUGCAUAUAAAAGCUGUAGUAUUCGAUAUGGGAGGAGUCUUGGUGCCAUCACCGAUGGAAUUUUGGAAAAGCUUGGAACUGAGCCAACAUUGCGAUGCGAAUUCCUUGCUAUCCACAUUAAUCACCUCCCCCGUCAUCGAACAUUUCGAAUCGUUUGAACGAGGCGAAACGACUGCAGAAGAUUUUGACCCAAUUUUCACACAUUUCUACAAUAAAAAACAUGGAUCCACCGAAGAAAUUAUCCCACUUUUUUCAUCGAUUAUAAAACGUCUUCCUGACAUCGCCGUCUUUCCGGAAAUGUUAGAUCUUAUUAGGGAUCUUCGAUCGGUCGGCUGUAAAACAGCACUUCUAACCAAUAAUUUCUACUCGGAUCGAGCCCGACUUCAUCCGACAAUCCCAAAAGGAAUUGAAAAAUAUUUUGAUGUUGUCGUGGAAUCGUGUAGAGUUGGUAUGCGGAAGCCGGAUACUGCUAUAUACCGUCAUGUCUGUGAGAAAUUGCAGGUGAAACCUACGGAAUGUAUGUUCCUGGAUGAUCUUGGACACAAUCUGAAACCGGCCAGAGCUAUGGGUUUCACUACGAUUAAGGUAACCUCAGCCUCCAAGGCUGUGGCGGAGGUUCGAGAUGUCCUGAAGGAGUUGUUUGUGUUCCCAUCGAACACAAGAGAAUGUUUACCAAGAGAAAAGCUUCCAGAGGACAAAUUGAAGCAAUUCUUCCAGAGUGAAUUGGGCUUAGCACAAUCGGAUCCCUUAGUUGUUCGUCGUUUUCGCCAUGGACAAUCAAAUCCUACCUACUACAUAAGGAUAGGGUCCAAUGAAUUUGUUCUGAGAAAAAAACCGAGUGGACAUUUGUUGCCGAAAGCGCAUCAAAUCGAAAGAGAGUAUGAGGUGAUGAAAGCUCUUAAGGACAUGGUCCCUGUCCCAAAAGUGAUAACCUACGCCGAAAAUGUGCUCGACACUCCUUUUUAUCUUAUGGAAUACACACAUGGUCGAAUUUUCCUCGAUCCAACACUACCUGAACUCGAGCCGAAAGAAAGGAAAGAGAUUUACGAUGCAGCAUUAAAAACUCUGGGAAAUAUCCAUACAGUGGAUUGUGCUAAGGCUGGGCUGGAAAAUUAUGGACAAAAAGACGGAUAUAUGGCAAGAAAUCUGCAACGAUGGGCCAGAAACUAUGAAAUGGCGAAAACUGAAGAAAUCCCGGAAAUGCAACAACUCUUGGAAUUUUUACAGAAAAAUUUACCGAAGGAAAGUCAGCGAUGCUCAUUGGUACACGGUGACUUUCGGAUCGACAAUCUUCUGUUUCAUCCGAAGGAGAGUCGUGUAAUCGCUGUAUUGGAUUGGGAAACGUCGACAAUCGGUGAUCCACUCGCUGAUCUCGCAACAUUUCUUUUCACACAUUACAUUCCUAACCGGAAUAAGCUGUUAAUUGGAAUGGGACAUCUAUCUGAUGUGGAUUUUCAUCGCCUCGGUAUACCGACGGUCACAGAAAUCCUCGAAAGAUACUCAGAAAUUCGAGGAAUCCAACCAAUCGACCACAAUGAAUGGGUGUUUUACGUUGCUUUUGUUUUCUAUCGGUUUGCAAGUAUCGUUCAAGGAGUCUAUAAGCGUUCAUUGAUGAAAAAUGCUUCAUCGGCCGAGGCGUAUCAGCUUGUCGCAGUUCCAAAGCUUUUUGCGAUGAAUGGUCUGGCGUUCGUCAAAAAAAUGCAGCAUAUUGACAAAAAUGAUCUACUGGCUGUCACUCCACAGGCAUUAUCCGGAAAAGCUAGGAAACUCCAUAAUCUUGUCAAGAGCAUUGUCUAUGAGGAAAUCAUCCCGAUCGAAUCCGAAGUAUUAGCCUAUUACCAAGGUCCAAAUAAGUGGAUACCUAACCCUAAACUUGAAAAAAUUAAGGAAAAAGCCAAAUCAUUAGGUGCAUGGAAUCUUUUUAUUUCGGAACAUGUGGACCCAGAUGGACUUUAUGGAUCCGGUCUUAGCAACGUCGAGUACGCGCACAUCUGUGAGGUAAUGGGGAGGAGUAUAUUUGCGGCUGAGGUGUUUAAUUGCCAAGCACCAGACACUGGUAAUAUGGAAGUUCUGAUAAAAUAUGGAUCACCUGAACAAAAAAAGAAAUGGCUCACUCCGUUGCUGGAAGGUGAAAUUAAGAGUUGUUUCGCUAUGACUGAACCAGAUGUGGCGAGCAGUGACGCCACAAAUAUCCAGGGAUCGAUCGUUCGAGAUGGUGACGAAUAUAUUAUAAAUGCAAGAAAAUGGUUUACUAGUAAUGCUGCUCAUCCACAAUGUAAAAUAUGCAUAUUUAUGGGUCAAGUGCUCGGUCAAAAGACAUCUCGUCUAAAUCGGCACUCAAUGUUAUUGGUCCCGAUGGAUCAAAAUGGUGUAACAAUCGUGCGAAAUUUACCUGUAUUCGGCAGCGAUGAUCCUCCUUCUGGCCACUGUGAAGUCCUUUUCACUAAUGUACGGGUUCCGGUUACAAAUAUCAUCCUUGGAGAGGGUCGGGGCUUUGAAAUCGCCCAAGGACGACUUGGGCCAGGACGAAUUCACCAUGCAAUGCGAUUGAUCGGUCAUGCAGAACGUGCAAUUCAAAUUAUGAGAGAACGGAUAUCAUAUCGUGUAGCGUUCCGAAAAACUCUGGAAAAAUUCGAUUCAGUUCGAAAAGAAAUAGCCAGGUCACGUUGUGAAGUGGAACAAGCUCGACUAUUGGUGUUGAAAGCUGCACACAUGAUCGACACACGUGGUCCGAAGGAAGCACAAUCCGAAAUCGCAAUGAUCAAAGUGGUUGCACCAAACAUGGCACUGCGAGUGAUUGAUCGAUCGAUUCAAGCGCUUGGUGGACGUGGUCUCACAGCGGACACCCCACUUUCAUUUUUCUUCAUUGCGGCACGAUCCUUACGGUUAGCUGACGGACCAGAUGAGGUUCAUCUGGAAACAAUUGCUAAGGAAGAACUUCGAAGUCGGCUGUGA